UUCCCCCUCUCGUCCUCCUCCUCCAAGUUAACUCCGGGGAUCGAGCUGGACUGAAGCAGUUUGGGGGCAUUCACUAUUCUGAGUUAUAGAUCAUUAUGGCUGGCUUGGCGAAGCUGCGCGUGGCCGUGGUGGGCGCAGGAGCGGCGGGUAUAUGCGUCGCGCGACACUUGCUCGCGCGCCAGGAUCUGUUCGAACCACCGGUGCUGUUCGAGAUCACCAAGCACGUGGGCGGGACGUGGGUUUACGAAGAGCGCGUGGGCCAUUACGAUAACGGCCUGCCUAUCAACAGCAGCAUGUACAGAGACCUCAGAACCAAUAUUCCCAAAGAAGUUAUGUCAUUUCCUGAUUUCCCCUUCGCAAAGCAUCUUCCUUCAUUUGUCCACCACACAGAGGUGCGCAAAUACCUCGAGCAGUACUGUGACCAUUUCCGCCUUUGGGACCACAUCAGGUUUGGCACAACCGUAGACGCAGUUGACCCAGUGAAAGUAAAGGGUGGCUGGAAAGGUUUGGCAUGGGACAUAACUAGCAGUGAUGGUGUGGACCGGAGUAAAUCUAAAACAGAGCGCUUUGAUGCUGUUAUGGUGUGUAACGGGCAUUUCUAUGACGCAUACAUCCCUGCUAUACCUGGAUUGGGAAAGUUCAAAGGAAUAUUUAUGCAUAGCCAUGAUUAUCGAAGUGCAGAGCCCUUUGCAGACAAGUCAGUGGUGGUGCUUGGUGCUGGUCUUUCUGGGCUGGACAUUGCUAUGGAGCUUGCCAACGUCAAUGCUAAGGUGAUCCUAAGUCAUGGUCAAAAGCCCCUGACUUGCCCCAUGCCCCAAGGAGUGGAGCAGGCUCCUCCAGUAAGCAAAGUAUUGGAGGAUGGCACUCUGGAAUUUCAGAAUGGAAAGCAUGCAAAGCCAGAGGUCUUCAUGAUCUGCACAGGCUACAACUUUGUCUUUCCAUUUCUGAAUGAGCGAAUUGGGGUGAAAGUAAAAGAGCACUUGGUCUAUCCUCUUUACAAAUUUCUGAUACCUCCUGCCUACCCAUCACUCUUCAUUAUAGGCAUCUGCAGAGCUAUAUGCCCCUUUCCACACUUCCACGUUCAGGCUCAGUUUGCCAUCUCUGUUCUGGAUGGCUCGUUCCCCCUCCCCUCAAUUGAAGACAUGGAAAGGGAUAUUGAGUUGGAUAUGGCUGCUCGUCGAGCUCGCGGUGUUGCUACCCGACAUAUCCUAAAACUGGACUCUGAACAGUGGGCUUAUAAUGACCAUUUAGCCCACCUGGGUGGCUUCCAUCCCCUUCCUCCCUAUUGGAGCAAUCUGUAUGAGUCCAACAAAGUUUUCCGUGCCCAAGAUAUGCUCAACUACAAAACCUACAAAUAUAAUGUACUUAGCGAAACAGAGUGGAUUGUGCAGAAUCUGGAAGGACAGCAGCUGGAGAAACCACAAAUAAAACAUAUAUAAUAAGAUCAGUGUAAGACUUUCCUAGGAAACCUUUAACUAAAAAUGUAUGCAGUAGCUUAUUGCUAUAUAUAAGUAACUGUGUCAAAUUACUACUUCUUGACCACUAAUUUUAGGGGCUUAUGCCAACUGACUUACUGUAACUGCUCAGGGCUAGCUUUUUAGCUCAUCACAGCAAAGGAAUGCCAUUAAAUAAUAGACUGAGCAUCACAUUCCACAUUCUCUCUACCAUUUAACAUGAUCUUAACUAGACUAUGCUUCUAGAUAACUGGGCCACAAAAUAAUUACAAAACUUUUCUCUUUUAAUUUUAAUUACACUUUGUAUCUCAUGGUGCUUAUACAACUCAUAUUCAUUAUUAAAAAUGGUGCAUUUUGCUGUAUUGAA